CAAGCGCCGCCGCCGCCGCGGCCUGUGGAAGCGCCGCGCUCCGCUCCGCUCCUGCCGCCGCGGCCCCGCCAUGUACCCGGCCUGGGGCUUGUACGGGGCGGCGGGGCACUACCCGCCGCCGCCCACCUCCAUCCCGCCCCCGCCGCUGCCCAUCCCUCCCCCCAGCGUGCCGCCUCCUGCCGUCCCGCCGAUGCCGCUGCCCAGCUACCCGCCGCCGGGCCCCGCGCCCCCCCCGGCCGCCACCGCCGCCCCGCCGCCGCCGACCGCCGGUACCUCGGGGUUCCUGAGCCUGCAGGAGCAGCACUUGGCACAGCUGCAGCAGCUCCAGCAGAUGCACCAGAAGCAGCUUCAGUCCGUGCUGCUGGGGCCGCCGCCGCCGCCGGGGCCGCCCCCUCCGGGGCUGCCGCCGCCGCCGCUGCCCGGCUCCUUCACCGACUGGCAGCAGCCGCCGCCGCCCGUGCCGCCGCCGGUACGCAGCUACCAGAAGCAGUUCGCCCACCGCGACCCGCCGACGACGACCCGCAAGCCGCCCGCCGCCUCCCGGGAGCGAGAUGGCCAGGAGCACGGCGAGUGGGGCGAGCCGGUGCCCUCCUCGCCGGUGCCCAUGGACAUGGAGCUGUCCUCGCCGCCGCAGUCCCCGCAGCCCGCCGCCCAGGCCUACCUGCCCCCCGCACAGGCCUACUUGCCGCCCCCCCAGGCCGAGCCCUACCUGCCCCCGGCCCAGCCGCCCCCGGCCCAGUCCCCACCGCUCCAGCCCUACCUGUCCCGGGCCCAGGCCUCCCAGCCGCCCCCUUCCUUCUCCGAGCCCCCGCCCAACUACCUGGAGCCCCCACCGGCCACUGCCUCCCAGCCCUACCUGCCGCCCCCUACUCAGGGCUACAUGGCGCACCCCCAGCCCUACCUGCUCCCCUCCCAGGCCUCCCCUUCCCAGCCGGCCCCCUCCAUCCCUCCCCCGGCCAAGCCAUCGCAGGCCCAUUUCCCCCCGCCACAGCCGUCCUUGCCCCUGCCUGCCGCUGCCCCGCCGGACGCCACGCAGGGUGCUGCCAAGGAGGCUGGUGGCACCGAGCAGCCAGACCCCUCCACCAUGACUCCCCAGGAACAGCAGCAAUACUGGUACCAGCAGCACCUGCUUAGCCUGCAGCAAAGGGCAAAAGCCCAUGCUCAGGGACAGCAGCAAAUGAAAGGUCCAGUAGUGAAGGAUGCAUCUGAGCAGAGAGCAAAGUCUGAAGAAGGGAAAAUGAGUGCUUCAACUCAGCAGUCUGAAGCUGCUCCGCUUAAUGAAUCCCUGCCUCCACCUUCCAAAGAAGAUGAGUCUUCUCUUACGUCCACUGAAACUCAGCUCAAUAUUGAACCUCCUGAUGACCCUGAGGAAGAUUUGAGAUUGCAGCAAUUGCAAGCAGCAGCAGCUCAAUGGCAGCAGCAUCCCCAUCACCGGGUUGGAUUUCAAUAUCAGAGAAUAAUGCAGAAGCAUGCCCAGCUGCAGCAGAUAGUACAGCAGUAUCAGCAGAUCAUGCAACAGCCUCCACACUUACAGACAAUGUCAGUGGACAUGCAGCUGCGACAUUAUGAGACACAGCAAAAACAGUUCCAGCAGCUUCAUAAAGACUGGGAGCGAUCAAUGAACCAACAGUGGCAGCAUCAGCUUCAAACCUACCCUCACAAAGACCAGCUUCAAGAGUAUGAGAAACAGUGGAAAGCAUGGGAUGAACAGAUGAAGGUCACUCAGUCCCAUCUGCAGGAGAAAGUGAGCUCACUCCAAAAUCUGAAGAAUCAGUAUCCUGCAAAUGUUUCGCUGCCACCUCCGUUUGUUCCAUAUUCUCAAUCUGCUCAAGGUGGCAUUCCUAUUAUGCCUCCAGCUUUACCUUCAACUACACCUCCACUGGUCCCCCCGCCUCUCUCUUCUGUUUCUCAGUUAUCUAAUUCCUCUGCCCCUUCAGGAUCCAGUUCUCAAAGCAGUCAGUCUACUGAGACGCCAAGGCCAGCUCUGCUUCCCACCCCUGGUACCUAUGCAUCAAAAAUGGCUAGUUCAACUGUCUAUUCACCUUAUCAUUCUCAAGGAAGUUCAUCCUUUGGCUCAUCAGACCACGGAAAGUCUCAAGUUCAUCUUAAUAAACAAACUGUCUCUAUUUCAUCUGAGCAAGGAUGUGGGGACCUGAAAGCCACUUCCGCAGUGUCUUCAACACAUGCACCUACCACGCAGGAUAAACCAGUGAGGUCGGGUGGAUUGCUUCCAGAUCCUCCCAGAUCAGCACGUUUUGAAGGUCCCAGAGGCCCUCGAUUUGAUGGACCUCGAGGAAGAGGAUAUGACAAAUUUGAAGGCUCAAGACAGAGAGGGCCUCGUUUUGACUCCCAGCGCUCAGAAGGAUACAGGUCGCGUUUUGACCGACAGAAUACAGAUGGACAGUCUUCGAGUAGAUGGGGGACUAUCCCACGAGGACCAGCAGCACAAUUUUAUACUUCGACAAAUGCAUCACAUGGACAUGGUUCCCGACCCGGUGGUCCACGGUGGAGGGGGCCCAGGCCUCAUUUGGGGCAGCAGCAGCAGCAGUCACAGACAGAUUCUCAGUCAGAAAACAAAGAACCUUUUACAGACAUGGCUGGCAGUCAGCAGACUGUAAGCAGAACACAGUCUACUCCCGAUGCACAGGGUGCCGGUCCCAUUGAACCAAAUGAGGACCUGACAAACACUCAACAGGAACCACCCAAACCUGACGUCAAAGAAACUACUUCAGACCCUCCUAAAAAGUGGACAUGGAGUUCACAUGAUCCUAACCAGCAAGCAGAAGAGUCCAAAGCACCUACUCCACCUAUUCAGAACCAGAAAUCAACAUCCCUUUCUAGUAACUCUGUAGCUUUGCAGUCAGAUAUUGCAAGAACAGGUGGUGCAGUAACCCCUGUAACAGGAAAUCAGGAUUUGGAUUCACCAGACGACCAGUUGAUUGCUUCAGAUAGCACCCAGGGCCUACCUGGACCAGAAAGCAGAGGGAAAGGGCCAUUUAUGCAUGAAGAUAGAGGCAAGGGACCAGUAAGCAGAGGAAGGGGCCAGGGCAGACUGGAUGAUGGCCGUGGCAGAGGGCAGGGGGAUGGCCGUGGCUGGGGAAUGGGCCGUGGCAGGGGGAUGGGAAGGAUGGAUGGUGGCCGAGGGAUGGGAAGGAUGGAUGGUGGCCGGGGGAUGGGAAGAAUGGAUGGCGGUUGGGGAAUGGGCAGGAUGGAUGAUGGCCAUGGCCGGGGAAUGGGCAGGAUGGACGAAGGCCGUGGCAGAGGAUAUGUUUACAGAGGCAGAGGGCAGGCUAGGCAGGCAUCCAUCCGUGGCAGGGGAAUGUUCAGGAGAGCAGGCAGCAGGGAGAGGAUGCCAGAUAGGCGGUCAGGCAGCAGGGAGAGGAUGCCAGAUGGGCGGUCUGGCAGCCGAGAGAGGGGACUGGGUGGACGGUCAGAUAGCCACGAGAGGGUAUUCUCUAGCCGAGACAGAGAGCUAGCUGGGCGAACAGGUGGCUGGGACAGGGGCCAGGCAGGUAGCCGGGAGAGAGGCCCGGUCAGGCGUGCAGGUAGCCGGGAGAGGGAGCCCAUGCGGCGGGCGGGUAGCCGGGAGAGGGAGCCCAUGCGGCGGGCGGGUAGCCGGGAGAGGGUCCCUGUCAGGCGGGCAGGGAGCCGGGAGAGGGUCCCCGUCAGGCGGGCAGGGAGCCGGGAGAGGGGCCCAGUCAGACGGGCAGGUAGCCGUGAGAGGGGUCCCAUCAGGAGGGCAGGUAGCCGGGAGAGGGAAGCAGGAAGAUCUGAAACAGGCAAUAUAGAUAAACCCAUGCACCUAGGAGAUGACCCUGACAAAUUGCCUCCAUACCAUCGAGAUGAGACGCUGAGGGGUUCUUGGGGUCAUGAAGAUGAUAGAAUGCAGGAGGAAUUUCCUUUAGAUAGUCAAGAUGACCCUUCUUUGGAGCACGAGAGAUUGGAUGACUGGGAAAGAGAACGAUACUGGAGAGAUCACAACUCUGAUUAUCAAGAUGAUUCUGUAGAUGCAUAUGACAGAGAUGACAGGUUACAGUCCCACCAUUCAUUGCCUCCGUUAUCUCCCCUGCCACCACUACCUCCUUUAUCAUCUGAUCAUGACAGACGAGAGUCAUGGUGGGAUGACUGGAAGAGGCCCAGGGAGAGGGAACUAGAGAGAGAUCUAGAUAGGACUGGAAGAUCCUCAGACAUUUAUGAUCAAGAUUUAGACAGAGAAUGGGACAGAGACUGGGACAUGAGACCUAUGGAUGACAGAGAAGUGGGGAAUCGUGACCUCGAUAUCCCUCCUCUACCACCAUUACCACCUCUUCCACCUCUGGACAGAUACCGUGAAGAUAGGUGGAGGGAGGAUAGGAAUAGAGAUCAUUAUGACAGAGACCUCCGAGACAGGGGGGAGCUAAGGAUUCGAGAGUAUCCAGAGAGAUAUGACACAUGGCGAGAGAAGCAAGACUACCUUCCUGAAAGGAAUGAUUGGGAGAGGGAACGGUUGUCGGAUAGGUGGUAUCCAGAUGAUGGAGACAGACUGCGGUCUUUGGAUGAUCAUUCAGAUUCAUCCCUUCCUCCACCUUCACAUUCCUCUGAUAUGCUGGGAGCAGAUUCAAACCUGGACUCUGACCAGUCGUUGGGAGGAGUGAUGGUCCUUAGCCAAAGACAGCAUGAGAUAAUUCUGAAGGCUGCCCAGGAGCUCAAAAUGCUUCGAGAGCAAAAAGAACAGCUACAGAAGCUGAAAGAGUUUAAACCUGACAUUUCCACACAGGACUCUCCUAGAUCACAGAACACAAGCACAAGGCCGGGUGCCUUUCAGGUCUCUUCUCAGCUAUCUUCAGAGGCACCAGUAGAAGCCCAAGCUAUUAAACCUUCUCCUGCUGUUAUUAUAAAGCCUCCCGUGUUGUUCAGACAGUCCACCCCUGUGACAAGAACAAGUGCCCCACUGACAAGGCCUGCUACACCUAUGACAAGGCCACAUGCUCCAGUUUCUACUCCAACUACAACCCCAAGUCAUGGUCAGUCUUUAAAACCAUCACCUUCUGCUGUGGAACAGGAACGCUGGGAUGAAGAUUCUUUCCACGGACUCUGGGAUACAAAUGAGGAUAAAGGAGCAAAUAUGGAGUACGAGUUGUGUAAACAGGAGUCAAUGAUGCCUCCACCCGUGUCCUCGCCUGUGAAAGUACCUGCCGUUCACACCUCUGUUCCGUCAGCUGUACCAGUGUCCCUUCCUCCAGUUAUUCCACCAGUUCCUAAAGCACCUGUAAUUCAGCAAACGGUGGAUUAUGGCCACGGGCGAGAUAUAACUACCAGUAAAGUGGAACAGAUUCCAUAUGGGGAGAGGGUAACCCUGCGUCCAGAACCUCUACCGGAGAGGCAAACAUUUCAAAAAGAGCACCCUGGUCGUUACAACAGAGAAAGAGAUCGUGAGCCUUAUUUUGAGCGCCAAGGUAAUUCCAACACAGAUCAUCGGGAUUUCAAGAGAGAGCGGGAAUUGCACAGAGACCGUGGUUCUGUGGAUUAUGAACGAGAGAGAUUUGAAAAAGAGCGGCAUCCCCGAGAUGAUAGGGUUCUUCCUACUACACCUUCAAGGACUCAGUCUUACCGUGACAAGAAAGACCAUCCUUCCUCCAGGCGAGGUGGUUUUGAAAGACCACCAUAUGAACGAAAGACAGAUCGUCCAGCAUAUGAUCAUGGGCCUUCCAUGUUUGGAGAAAAUUCUUCUGUCCAAACACUGGAAUUUGAAGGUGAUCGUAGAAAUUACCCUGAGGAAAGAAUUCCUAUUUCUGCUCCAUCAAUGCCUCGUCAGCCACCACCUGCUCCACGAGUGGAAAGGAAGCCAGAAUCUAAAAAUGUAGAUGAUAUUUUGAAGCCACCAGGACGGGAUAGCAGGCCGGAGAGGAUUGUAAUCAUCAUGAGAGGGUUGCCUGGCAGUGGAAAGACACACGUAGCAAAGCUCAUCAGGGAUAAGGAAGUAGAAUGUGGAGGACCUGCACCAAGAGUGCUCAGCCUGGAUGACUAUUUUAUCACUGAAGUGGAAAAAGAAGAGAGAGACCCAGAUACAGGGAAAAAAGUGAAAAAGAAGGUGAUGGAGUAUGAAUAUGAAGCUGAUAUGGAAGAGACCUAUCGUACCAGCAUGUUUAAAACUUUCAAAAAGACCUUGGAUGAUGGCUUCUUCCCCUUCAUUAUCCUUGAUGCUAUCAAUGAUAGAGUGCGACAUUUUGAACAGUUUUGGAGUGCUGCAAAAACCAAGGGUUUUGAGGUGUACUUAGCUGAAAUGAGUGCAGAUAACCAGACGUGUUCCAAGAGGAAUAUUCAUGGACGCAAGCUAAAGGACAUCAGCAGGAUGUCUGAUCACUGGGAGGCAGCACCACGUCACAUGAUGCGCCUGGACAUUCGUUCUCUGUUGCAGGAUGCUGCUAUCGAAGAGGUAGAGAUGGAGGAUUUUGAUGCAAAUAUUGAAGACCAGAAAGAAGAAGUCAAGAAGGAUACAGCAGAGGAGGAAGAAAGUGAACUGGGUUACAUUCCGAAAAGCAAAUGGGAGAUGGACACUUCUGAGGCAAAGCUAGGGAUUCCGUCCUGCGCCCGGGAUGCGUCUGAGCCAAGCUCUCAACAGUUAAUGUGGAGCAGAUAAGCCCUGUUACCAGAGAGGGAAAGGCACAAAGAUGCAUGUCGUCAGUGAUGCUGCUCAGAAAUCACCUUAUAACUUCUCAUAGACUAAUUAACUUGAUUUUUAUCUAGGGGUUUACCCUUAUGAAUCGGUCCUCUUCCAUUUCGCAGAUGGGCUGGGAAGGUGCUACAUCUUUAAUGUGGGAUGGUGGAUGAAUCGCUUGUUAUUUUGAACUGUUUAUGGUGUGGAUUCAUGUGCUGGGGCACGCUGAAUGUCCAAAGCUACGCUGCGGUCGCAUGUAUGGAUAAACAUACCUGUGUGAUAAAUCUUAACAGUGCAGAACUGAGUGGUCACAGCAGGGGAUUUUCCCAAUGCUACAGUUCUGUUUCAGUGGCUUAUGGGGAAAACAGGCAUUGGAGAGGCAUCUGCAUAAAACCUUCCUCCCUAUUAAUCUCAGUGCUCCUUUAUUUGUACCAGGAUUUAGGGCUAUUGUAUUUAGAUCUUUCACGUGUAGGGCCUGAUUUUUUGUAACGCCAUAUUUACCUUGUCAUUACUGCAUGAUUUUUUCAAUGUGCAUUGUUGUGUUUUGGACACGGGGCUCUUAACUCCAUGGUUUCUUUUCAGUGGAAAAAGCCCCUGAGUGCUUGCAAACACAUGGGCAUUCAAUAAUAUACUGAAUAAAGACAAUUGAACUGGCACCAGAAGGCUUACAGGAGAAGCUUUGUGAGAUGGUGAACUGAAUUUUGCAAACUGCUGAACUAGCAAGAUCCCUGGAUUUACCGGAGUGCGUCACAGGGACCGUGCAAGGGCCAGUAAAUUUUUCUGAAAAGGCAUUUGAGACAUUACACGCUGCUUUCAGGUGGUGGCGGUGCCGUGCUCCUGAGGAACACCUUCCAUGCAGCAUCAUUUGCAAAGAGGGGAGCUGCUCUGCAAAGGAUCGCCGCUGCUGCUGCUAGUUGCUACAGAACAACCUCUGUGGAGGGAAGAGCCGGAUGGCUCCGAGGCUGGUGGUGGGCUGUGGUGGACACAACAGGCCGUACAGUAGUAUUAAGAGAGGUAAGAGCUUCUGAUGGCACCUGCCAGUCUGCUGGCUGGCUGAGGCCCUAAUGUUUGUUAUUUGUUAAGAAACAAAUCUCGAGAACUGAAGUUAGGGUGUUCCCACAGAAGGGUUGGCCUGUGUUUUAUGACACGGUCAAAAGCUAAACUUGCUUUUGCGCAGCCAGUAAACUUGGGGGCAAAUGGUCACAGAUGGUGGUGUGGUGAUCUGAGUAAACCAGUAAAUACCACGAGGAGGUGGUGGGCUUCACUAGGAGUGUAUUGGUGCAGACAGACCGUGGGCUGUUAACAGAGAACAGGGUGGCCACUGGUGUUCCUCAGUGUGUGAAGGAAAGGAACGGCUGUCUUUUUGUUUGAAAUACAAUUUUAUGGAAACAAGCUUACAGCAACUUGGGAGAAAGAGGAUUCGGUCGUUUUGUCUCAGCCGGUCGAGAGUUGACGCGGCAACAGUUUGUUCGGCACCAAGCAGGUGCUCUGUGCCAUUGCAGUCUUCCCCACAGCAGCUGCUCAAGAAACACUGGUCCAAAGACAGCGGUCCUGGCGUGAGGUGGCCCCUUCUGAAAAAUGAAAUGCAAUCAUCUUUAUGAGCAAGCCCAGGAUCUGCAAGGAUUUUGUUUCCCUGAUUGGUGUGACUCUUCAAAUGCAGACAGCGUUGCCGCCACCAUCAUCCCGGUUACAUGGAGUUACGGAGGACGCUUACACAAGCAAAUUGUAAAGUAUAGUGUUAAUGGACAUUUCUCCAGUUAAGUACUAACAUAUGGGUGAGUAUAGUAUUGUCAGUCCUUUACAUUUCAAUAAAUAAUCAAAGCUCCGUGAAGUUCUUGAAAUAGAACAUUUGUCACCAGAUCAAACACCCGCGCCUUGGCUUGGCUUGUUACAGCCUUGGGAAGCCAAGACCCUGUGCCAUGAGAACGGAGACCUUCGCUGAGCGGACCAUUACUGAGGUGGUGUUUCCAGCUUCCAGAUGCUGCCAGUUCCUGCAAAGAUUGCUCUGGUCCUUCGGAUAAUGUUGCUCAUUAAACGUUUAGUCAGAAACGGAGGUGAGAGCGAAGCUCAGGGGUUAGAAAUAGCUGCAGAAUAAAUGGUAUGCUUGAAGUCGCAGCACGAUGAAGAAAAACACGGUUUAGGAGCUUUACCUGAGCUCUGACAGCAGCGGUGACGCCGGGUGCCACACAGGGGCUUGCGCUCUACCCAGGGGUGAUUCAGAGUUCACUGCCAAGUAGGAAGCCCCUGGUGUUCCAUGCUGGCUUGGAAACGCCGUGCUAUGGGCACGGCCUUCCACGAAAGAAACAAUGAGCUAAAAAAAUCUCUGUGCCAGCAGCUGUCAGAGCUGAGAACAUCCAGCGUUGCUGCUGCUUGGCGUAACGCUGCCAGCUGCAGCCCGGGACACUUCUAAGCAUGAAUAGAUGAUAUUCUGCCUUAUAACCAUUGCUCAAGAGAGGAGGGCACCGUGGCUUUUAAAAAUACCGUUUCUAUGGCAUUAUCUUUUUGUAACUGUAGCUACUAUUUCUAAAGUGUUUUAUUUAAAAACAGCCUUUGUAAUUGUUUUUAUUUGAACGCCGGUUGUUCUGCCCAUCAUGGGGUCUCAGUAGAUGCAGAAAUGCGUAGGGCUGGCCUCCCUUUUCCCUUGAGCAUGAAUUCAUGGUGUUUUCAAAAGUUGUCCUUAUUUCUACUGUUUCUUACUCACAGACCUGGAAAUUAGAAAUUGAAAACAAUUACUUAAGCUGUUGAAUAUUCUGUGCUCGCUCUCUGAGGACGGGUUUUUUAUAGAGAUGUAUAGAUAUGUAUAUACACAUAUGUGUCGUCAGGUAUUUUUGCUUAGUUUUUUAAAAUAAUAUGAAGUAUUUUUCUAUAAUUUCUGUUCUUUGUGUAAAGCUAUGGAUGACAUGUACGUGCUUCGGGAA